AUGAGGCAUCUUUCGGGGAAUGCGCCUUUGCCCUACGUCGCGGGGACAGACAGGGGAGAGCGGUCAGACGUGGAGGCCUUCUUCGCACCUCUCUCUCCUUCUACUCAUUUUUUCCAUAGGCAUGAGGAAGGGGGUUUCGAGUUCACUCAGCACCUGGAGGAGGCCACUGAGAGGCGUCUCCAGGGGCUUCUGGACGACCUGUGGGCCGCCACGCACAGCGAGGUGGCGCUUGAGGCAGCGCAAAAAGGCCCACGGGCGGAAUGGAACCCUUACCGUCCAUCGCAAAGGGAUCCAGGGGUCUGGCAGGAGGUGUUGAAUAGCAUCGUCUACGAGUUUCGUGAGGUGGUCCCGGUGGAUAGCCUUUUUGUAUCUGGAUUUAGCUUGUUUGAGGCGUUUAACGGAGCUUCGGUAGAACAUGGUGAGGGAGUGACUGUGGGACGUGAAGCGGGGGACUUUAGCUUUUAUAUCCCGCAUGAGUUAAACAAGUUAUGUGUUGAAGGUCACUCCCUGCCAAUUUUGAACCCCUCGGAGCUGAGUGGUAGCGACACCACUUUGAGUGGUUUCGAAGAGAUUUUAUCACACCAUGGCACACCUCCUGUUGAUGUUUUUGCACUGGACGAUACGAAAGGAGGUUCCUUGUUACCCACACGACACAACAAGUUGUCGCGAGAUAACAUGACACCUUCAAUAAUUCCACCAGAGAUACUGGCCGAGGUAGAGAUGUUGGUAUUUGACAGAUUAUGGGAUGAGGUGGUAGUCCCUUACUAUGUCGAGCAAUUGAGUGAUAAUUCCACUGGAAUUAUGAAGAAUGAAGAAUCGAAAGAGGUCUCAAAGAAUACCUUGCUCCCAAAGAUCGCAUCAUCAAAGAUCUCCAGAUGCUCUCAACGAUUCCUCGGCAGUUGUGGCAAGUCGAACAUUGUACCUCUUCUUGAAAAUGUAAAGACGAAGAAAAAGGGUGAAAACCGGAUGGUAUUGCGAGACGCAUCGCGAUUCGAUAGUAUUCAACUUGAUACAAGUCUAAAGUCUGAUGGGGAAAAAGUUCCUCUUAGCCAGUCUGUGCGGUCACACGUGCAUACGCAGGUCUUAAGGAAAGAGUCACGAGUUUCAGGCACUACAAAAGAACAGGGUGUAUUGGAAGAAUCCCUUUCAAAUCCAAAAAGGUGUUUUUCGCGGCGGCGUCCACCUUAA